GCCGACCAAGAAUUACAACUAUUACAAGCCCCUACUGCACCGAAAUAAACAUUCCCGCAUUCUCGUGCGGCCCAUUCCUUGUAUGAUUUGCAUUUCGGGUCGAUACGAGGGCCGCACAGAAGGAUCGCGGUGCUGGACUGACUGAUGAGGUGAGGUGUUGAAUGGCCCGAGAUCAUCGCAGCAAACACCAGACAGACAUCAAUCACAUCACAUCACUGAGGCAAGAAACGAAACUGCCCUCCUCCUCCUCCUCCUCCUGCUGCUGCUGCUCCUCCCCUCCUCCUCCUCCUGCUGCUGCUCCUCCUGCUUUGCCCUCGCCCUCGCCCUCUCCUCUACUCGCUGUGCAGCCGCUCUCCUCGAUCCCCCACCAACCACAACACUCACUCGCCUCCCCUUUGACGCCCCUGUCAACCCAUCAAAUCCGCGCCCGGUCUCGCCCUCCAUCACCUAUUUUCUUACUGCUCUCCAUCACCACCCAUCUGCUGCCCACGCGUCUUGGUAGCGAAACGGUUGGACAUCAGCGACCCCAUCACCUCCAUCUCCUUGCACGCGCAUCUGGCCUGCCUCCUGCUCCUGCAUUUGCAUUUGCAGCCCUGGUGCCGUCCGUCAGUGCAGCUGCUUGCUUGGCGAGCCGCCGCCAAACGCCCGCUCCUCACAUCGAGUCAAAUCUCCAAGCCCAAACCCAAUCCCAACCCCAAUCCCCAAUCCCCAAUCCCCCCAAUCCCACCUCCACGGACAAGAACCGAAUCACGUUACGUCCUGAAAAGUCGAGGCAAACUCCAACAACCGCCCCCCCCCUCCUCCCCCUCCCCGCCGUUGUCACUUGUGUUUGGCAGAAACAGCAGCGCCUAUUCGGAGCCCGUUUUUCGCCCCGGCGCGCGUUCCGCCCAAGCUUCCUCGGGUGUUCCAUACCAGCGUGCUGUUACAGAUCUGCAUCAAGUGCCGCCUCGAACCUCACCUUUGCUCUGUGCUCAGGCUCUCUCGCACACGCUUAACCUCCUCCACGGGUUCUCCUUUUUGCUGCGCACUUGCUCUCUGCCACUCCCUCAAGCCCCCAACGUCGGCGUAAAGAUCGCUCUCUGUCAUCGAGUUCGCCUGCAGGCAGUACCCAUUUUCGAUUUGCAUAAACGCCCGAAGCUCGUUGCAGCUCUCUGCUCAUCAUUCCCUUGUUCCCUCCACAAGCUUGAGUAAGAAGUAGCCUCUUCCCUCGACAAACAUCCUCGAGAAACCCGACUUCAGAAAUCUUCUCAGUACUUUCACCAAAUCUCUACCUCAUUUAAAC